GUUACGAUAUUUCAAAUAUAUUGGCUGAUGACAACUUCAGAAUAUUACAUUAUGGUUAUGAAGCGAUUUAAAAUGUUUUAAGCGCUGUAUUUCAUAAGCGAUUUGGUUGUUUUGAUCUGCUACUGUCUAAUGAUGCAAGACUUCUGGAGAAGUGCUGAUGUCGUAAAAUGCAGCUUUGAAUAGGGUUUCACUCUUCCCUUUAUCCCGAAUUUGUAUGUCGCAGUUUGUGAAGGGUGGCGGAUUGGAAUUUUGAAAUAUCUAAUUUAACUUUCAUUUGUAACUUUUUUGGGAAUGGAAGACUAGAGAAUAGGGGAACGGUCUUGAUAUCUCGGAUGAGGGGUUUUACUGAAGUUUUUGAGAGGGGUUAAUGCUUAUUGCAGAUUUUUGGGAAAUAAAUGAUGUCGGUUACAUGGUUCUGUUCAUCGUUUGAAUCGUCGAGCAACUCAGAUCAAGCAACAACGGACCAAAGGCUCUUGGGAAAGAGAUGCACUUCACGUACCACUGCUGAUAAUAUAACCAUAGAUUAUAAAGAAAUCGAGCCGCCUGCCGAAAUAGCAUUUUGUAGUUUGCGUGAAGAAGAAUCCGUUUGUUCGCUAAUCGAUCGAUUUCCUCUUCAAAAUGUUGAACAGUUAGCUGUAAAUCCGAAAAAGAUUGAUGAGCUGAGACGGUGGAUGCAAAAGAAGAAAGGGCGUUGUCGCGGAUGCAAGUUACUUCUGCUCACCGGACCCACCGGUAGUGGCAAAACAACAGCUGUGAAAAUGUUAUGUCGCGAAUUGAAACUUGAAUUAAUCGAGUGGAACUGUUCCGAAUCCUAUGAUGUAUUUUAUGAUCCAGAAGGAGAGGAAGUUGUUUAUGAGGAAAAUCAGGUCAAGAAAUUUGCCGAAUUUUUGAAGUCAUCGGAUCGUGGAUCAAUUGAAAAAUCAGUUUCACAGAAAGUUAUACUUGUCGAACAACUUCCAAAUGUUUUUUAUCAAAAUCCGUCGAUACUGCAUGAAACAAUGACGAACACUAUCAGGAACACGGUUUGUAUGUACAUAUUUAUUAUGAGUGAUAUUGAUUCCUGCUGGUAUCUAAAUCCAAAACGUAUUUUACCUGCAAAUAUUCGCUAUCAGCUAGGCUUUGAAGAGCUAACUUUCAAUGCUUCUGCAACCAUUUUCUUAUCGAAAGCACUACGAAGGAUUACUUCGCUGCUGAAGGUUAACGCAUCACCAUUACAAAUUAAAAGAAUUGCCGAUAAUUCCAGUGGUGACAUAAGAACAGCAAUUCACAAUCUACAGUUAUGUUUCGAUGGCUACAGAGAAUUUAAUGAAAUCUGUCCUCUUCACUCCUCAACAUUAGUUGACCCCUAUCAUAGCUUGGGAAAGCUCCUUUAUGCGAAAAGGUGCAACAAAGCUGACGGCGACUGGAAGAAAGCUGAAGAAAAGUUGAAAAUUGAAUUAAGAAAAGUUUACUCGAGAGAUUAUCCUCCCAAAGAUGAUAUCAGUGAGGUGCUUGACAAAAGUGGUAUGAACGCUGACAAGCUCGUGAUAUUCUUGCAUGAACAUGAGCCGAAUUUUGCUCCAUCUUUAUCAUCGUAUUUGGGCAUUCUUAAUAAUAUAAGCCUUUUCGAUUCAACGCUUAGCCGUUGGGAAGUUCGAAUGGAUUCUAUUCUCAGCUCAUAUAUGGGUGAAGUGGCAGCUCGAUCCACCAUUUUUUAUAAUUUCGGGUGUAAGAGCAAACAAGGUGGAGGAAGAUAUUGCUUUCAUAAACCCCGUUAUUCUGACGAAGCUUUUCAAGUAUUCAGUAAAGAAAGAGAAAUUCAUAUUGCUUUUCCUUCACAUACUUAUGGAGAAGUUUUAACUCUAACACUCCCACUAAUUAGGCUUAUCCGACCACCAACGCUGAAUAAUUAUCAGUGUCAAGUACUUAUGUCAAUGAAUUCUGCUCUAUGUACCAAUUUUAUUAUAAAUCAGUUUGCAACAAACAGGAAGUUAAAUAGAAGCUCUCCAGCAAAUGAAGAAGAAAACCAAUUUGAAAUCGAAGAAAUUGAUCUUUCAUGAUUUUUGCAUAUCGUUGUUAGUCUGAUUCUCUUCUUUUUGCUUUCAUUACAGGAUUCUUUUAUCAUCUUAUUUCUUUACCACUCACCAUCGCGAAUAUUUACAAACCUAUUCAUUUUUUAUUGUUUACAGCUGCCUCUAUGUCUCAUAUAUGUUAUUGUAAAAUGCUAGAAUCAAGAAAUCAAAAGUUGGACAAUAAAGGAGCAUUUUCUCUUGAUUAGGAAUCAUAAGGAAGUCACUGAUGGUAUUUAGACUCUCCGUGAGAUAGUGAAGAGGCUGUCG